AUGAACGGAUCUAUGAAGAACGGGUCGACGAAUGGCUCCCAUCGAAACGGGUCGGCGAAUGGCUCCCGUCGAAACGGAUCGUUGAAGAACGGAUCAGCUACCCACGACGAAGAGAAGCCGCUGCUUUCACGCAAGCGAGUCGCUGAAGCCAUCGCCGAGCAGCCCUGGCCCAAGAAGCCAAGGAUCUCGAGAAGACCGAUGUCCCAACCCUCUCCAAAGAUUCUGAUCCCGGCAGCUAACCAGCUACACCAGGGCCUGCCCGAUCUUCCUCCCCCCGAGAGCCCCCUCGAUGCUGCCACCAACGGCUUGACGUUCUUCGAAAAGUUGCAACUCGACCCCGGCGAAUGGGGUUGCGAAUACGGUGGUCCCAUGUUCCUCUUGCCGGGCAUUGUCAUCACCUGGUACGUGACCAAGACGCCCAUCUCGACGUUUCACGCUACAGAGAUCAAGAAUUACCUCUUCGCGCGGGCCGACCCAGAACUCGGCGGAUGGGGACUGCACACCGAGGGAGAGAGCACGGCCUUUGGCUGCACCCUGAGUUACACAGCACUCAGGCUUCUGGGCGUGGAUGCUGAGGAUCCCAUCAUGGUCAAGGCCAGGGCUCGACUCCACCAGCUCGGAGGCGCCACCAGCAGCCCCCACUGGGCCAAGUGGUGGCUCGCCGUGCUGGGCGUCGCGAGCUGGGACCUCGUCAACCCUGUGCCCCCCGAGUUAUGGCUGGGUCCCGGACUGGGUGCCGAUCGCUCCUUGGAGGUGGUGGAUCCAUAUCCGCCAGGUCUACUUGCCCAUGUCCAGCACGCAUCAAUCAACUGGAAGGCCCGCCGCAACGACAUUGCGACGACAGACAAUUAUCACCCCAAGACCUGGGUUCUCAACACGGUCAACUGGCUCCUCGUCAAUAUUUGGGAGCCGUAUCUGAAGACCAGCGCGAUCUGGAGAAGGCCGAAGCGUGGGUCAGUGAAGCUGGUUGACAUGGAGGAUGCGAAUACGGAUUAUGCAGGUCUGGCGCCGGUGAAGCAAUCCCAUGAAAUGAGAUUGUGUGCUACAUUCGCGAUGGGCCCGGUUCGUACUCUGUUCGACGACACACGGAACGUCUUCCACGAUGCUCUCUGGAUGAAUGCCGAGGGCAUGCUGUGCAACGGCACCAACGGCGUGCAAUCUUGGGACACGGCAUUUACAAUCCAGGCCAUCAUGGCGGCGGGGCUUGAGAAGGACGAGAGGUGGCGGCCCAUGCUCAACAAGGCGCUCGGGUUCCUCGACCGACAGCAAAUCCGCGAAAACUGCAAGGACCAGGAGAAGUGCUACCGGCAGCACCGCAAGGGUGGUUGGCCCUUCAGCAACCGGGACCAGGGCUACAUUGUCAGCGACUGCGUCUCGGAAUGUAUCAAGUCAGUCAUCAUGCUGCAAAAGAGCGAGGGGUACCCACAGCUGCUUGAUGAUCAGCGCAUCUUCGACGCCAUCGACGCCAUCCUGCUCUUCCAGAACGACACGGGCGGUGUGGGUACCUACGAGAACAGGCGGGGCGGGAAGUACAUGGAGUAUCUGAACGCGGCCGAGGUGUUCGGCAACAUCAUGGUCGAGUACGACUAUCCCGAGUGCACGACGGCGUGCCUGACGGCUCUGUCCCUGUUCAGGGAGUACUGGCCGGAGUACAGGGCCGAGGAGAUCAAGGUCUUCUGCGACCGAGCCGUCAAGUGGAUCACGUCGAACCAGACGGCCGAGGGCGGAUGGUAUGGCAGCUGGGGCAUCUGCUUCACGUACGCCGCCAUGUUCGCGCUCGAAAGUCUGGCGGGCGUGGGCGACGUAUACGAAACCAGCGCGCCCUCGAGGAAGGGCUGCGAUUUCCUCGUGGGGAAACAGCGAUUUGACGGCGGCUGGUCGGAAAGCUACAAGGCCUGCGAGACGAUGAAGUGGGUCGAGCAUCCCAGUGGUUCUCUCGUCGUCCAGACGGCGUGGGCCGCGCUGGCCUUGAUGGAGGCAGAGUACCCAGACGUCGGGCCCAUCAAGAGGGCUAUCCGGUUCAUCAUGAGUCGGCAGCAGACCAACGGCGAGUGGCUGGCCGAAUCCAUCGAAGGCGUCUUCAACAAGAGCUGCAUGAUCACGUAUCCAAACUACAAGUUCACCUUCCCCAUCAAGGCUCUGGGCUUGUUUGCGAAGAAGUACCCAGAUGAGGUGAUCAAUCUGGAGGAGGAGGACUGA